CAGAGGUGCCCUGCAGUGUCAUUAGUUCUCCACACAGCUGUAUUGUCUACCUCACCCCCUGCGGCUUCUAUCAGUGACCAGGAAAGGAGAAAUGACUCCCUCCCCUUUGCACUUUUCCACAGCCACAGACCAGGGGAACGAGGCUACAGCAGCCACUGGGCAUUGCAGCCCUUCCCUAUCUGAGCCUGCUGCUUCAGGCACAGCAGUGCAAGAGACUUCAGUGUCAGCCAGAGAUGGCAACCCACUUGACACUGAGUCUCCUGGUCCAGGAGUCAAGAUGGGGCUUUUGGACCGUGUCUACCAAAGACUUACUCAGACUAUUGGACGGACACCUUUCCAAACAGACAGGACAAAUCUGGACUCCAGCCAGCCAGGCCCCACUGACUCUUCCGUCCCAGACACAGAGGAGCAGAAGGUGGCCCAAAAACAAGACCCUGUGUCACAAACCCUGGCUUCACGAGCGGGAAGCCCCUCCAGCACUUUCUGUGCAGAGCCUCAUGAUCCAGGCACCAAGCAAAAGGCCUAUUUGUCACCCAGGGGAGAGCUCGCCCCAAUCAGCAAGGGGGAGGAGGAGGAAAGGCCAAGGAAGACCAGAGGCCUUGCUUGCGUGAGGGACAUGGAUGAGGCUGCCCUGAGGAAGGACAUUGGCAUCCUCUUCCCAGCACUCCACUCCAUGGUAAGAGAUGCUGGGAUCACUCAGGCAAAAUGCCGGGGCCCACUGGCUUAA